CGCGUCCGCUCGCCGCCACCACCACCACCACCUUUCCGCGCGCGCGCGCGACGCGAGCCCCACGCGCGACACGACCGGGCGCACUGCGAACGCCCGCACGCGGAGCAAGCAAGCAAGCAACCGCCCGCAGCUCCGCUCCCUCCAGGCUCCCAUGACCGACGCGGGCGCCGCCAGGACACGGAGGGCGGGCAGCGGCGGCGGUGGCGGCGGGGACCUCCCGCUGCGGCCGCCGGAGCCGCCGCGGGACCCGCUGGAGUUCCUGUCCCGCUCCUGGAGCGCGUCGGCGGCCGACGUCUCCCGCGCGCUCGGCGGCGCGCCCGCGCCGGCAGUGGCAGUGGCCGCCGCCAUCUCCGAGGACGUCGCCGCGGAGCUCGACGCCGACUCCGCCGCCGGACCGGCCUCCGGGACCUCCUUCUCCUUCGCGUCCGCGGCCACCUCGCAGCUCGUCUUGGACCGGAUCAUGACGCCAUCGGAAGUGUCGCCGCUGACCUCCGGCCGGCUCUCACACAGCAGCGGGCCUCUCAACGGCGGCGGGUCGCUCUCCGACAGCCCACCCGUGUCGCCGGAGAUCGACGACACCAAGUUCUGCAGGGCGGUGAGCACGCCGAAGCCGCAGCCGUACGCCCGCGGCGGGAGCAAGACGGUGGGGCGGUGGCUCAAGGACCGCAAGGAGAAGAGGAAGGAGGAGACGCGGGCGCACAACGCGCAGGUGCACGCCGCCGUGUCCGUGGCCGCCGUGGCCGCGGCCGUCGCCGCCGUGGCUGCUGCCACCGCCGCGGCUUCCUCCUCGUCGUCGGGCAAGGACAACGGCCGCGGCGCGCGCACGGACAUGGCGGUGGCGUCGGCCGCGACGCUGGUGGCCGCGCAGUGCGUGGAGGCCGCGGAGGCUCUCGGCGCCGACCGCGAGCACCUGGCGGCCGCCGUCGGGUCCGCGGUUAACGUCCGCACCCCCGGCGACGUCGUCACCAUCACGGCCGCCGCCGCCACAGCGUUGCGAGGGGCGGCGACGCUCAGGGCGAGGGCGCUGAAGGAGGUGUGGAACGUGGCGGCGGUGAUCCCCGUGGAGAAGGGCGCGGUGGGCGGAGGAGGCGGAGGUGGGCAGCAUCACCAGCACGGCGGCCACAAGCACGACGGGCAGCCGAAGCAUCACCAUCAUCAUCAGCAGCAGAGGGAGGUGGAGAGCAGCAACAGCAGCAGCAGCUGCUUCAGCGACGAGCUGUUGCUGGGCGAGGAGAACAACUUCCUGGGCAUCUGCACGCAGGACCUGCUGGCGCGCGGCACCGAGCUCCUCAAGCGCACCCGCAAAGGAUCGCUGCAUUGGAAGGUCGUCUCUGUGUACAUCAACCGGGCGGGCCUGGUGAUGCUGAAGAUGAAGAGCAAACAUGUGGGUGGCACCAUCACGAAGAAGAAGAAGAGCGAGGUGGUGGACGUGUGCCGGGACGUGGCGGCGUGGCCGGGGCGGCACCUGCUGGAGGGCGGCGAGCAGCGGCGCUACUUCGGGCUGCGGACGGCGGAGCAGCGGGUGAUCGAGUUCGAGUGCGGCAGCCAGCGGGAGUACGAGUUGUGGACCAAGGGCGUCGCGCGCCUCCUCGCCAUCGUCGACGGACGGAAGCGCUGAUCGCUGAGUGCCUGAAACCGACAGUAGAAGAUGUAGCUAGUAGACAGUAAGCAUGCAUGCAGAGUGGAGAUUGGUGAUUUAUCAGUGACAAGAAGAGGAAUGUUACCUGUCUGUUCAUCUCACUUACUACUAGUCACUUGUUGCUCUGCCUCUAAUUAAUUAGUUGAGAUAGCUGAACUGAAUGUACAGGGAAGAUAACUAAGCUGCGGUCCUGUUGCAUGCACUGCUUUUGUUAUGUGGCGUUUUUCACUAAUUUUGAGCCUGUUAGCCAUGCUUGAAAA